AUGAGCACCGAUGAGCGCAGUGUUAUAGAUCUAUUCAGCUUGCAGGGCAAAGUUGCGGUGGUGACUGGGGCAUGUGGAUGGUUAGGGUCAGCGAUGAGCCGAGCCCUGGCUGAGGCAGGCGCGCAGGUUGUAGUUACCAGCCGUGAUGGGGGACAGGCUGCCGAAUUUGCUGCUACGCUGCCCGGCGAUGGACAUCUGGGUUUGGGGUUCAGUCAGGGUGAUACCGAUACGAUUCCCGGCUUCGUCUCAGAGGUAGUGGAACGGAUGGGCAAAAUCGAUGUGCUGGUCAAUAACGCUUACGGUGGCACAGCACCGGAUAUCGACAACGCUACAGCGGAAGACUUUAAUCAGGCGUAUCAUGUCGGUGUAACAGCUUACUUCCUGCUGGCGCGAGAUGUGAUGCUUCAUCUACGCGAGCAACAGCGUCCCGGAUCGAUUAUCAACAUCGCUAGCAUGUACGGCGUCGUGGCGAGUUAUCCGAGCGCGUACGAAGGGUUGUCGGCCGGCAGUCCCCCGAAUUAUCACGCGCUCAAGGGUGGUGUGGUGCACCUGACCCGUCAUCUCGCAGCGUACUGGGCAAAAUAUAAUAUACGGGUUAAUGCCAUCGCUCCCGGACCGUUCCCUAAGCCAGAGGUACGUGACAGCGUUGAAGGCUUCAUCCCUCGUCUGGAGGAGAAGGUGCCGUUGGGACGUAUGGGAAGACCAGAGGAGUUAAAAGGAGCAGUUGUGCUGUUAGCGAGUGACGCCGGUAGCUAUAUUACCGGACAGAACCUGCUGGUUGAUGGUGGGUGGACUGCUUGGUAG